AUGAGCAAAAUACGAUCAAAGCGUUCAAAUCCCUCCUGUAAAUACAAUAUCGAAUUUGAUUCAAGAAAACAAUGGCCACAAUGUGCAGAUAUAAUUAACAUUAUUAGAGAACAGGGCCAAUGUUCGGGGUGUUGGGCAGUUGCAAGUUCAUCUGUGUUUACUGAUCGGUACUGUAUUGAGAGAGCUAAGAAAGGCUUAAAAACGCCAGUCUCUGAUCCUGAUAAUCAAUCAUCUGAUGAGGAAAUACUAAGCUGUACAUUACCAAAUUACGGGUGUAAUGGAGGAGCUCCAUGGGAUGCAUGGCAAUACAUGAAAAAUAAAGGUGUUGUCUCUGGAUCAAAUUUUGAAGAAAAAACUGGUUGCAAGCCUUACUCAAUCAAUCCAGAAACUGAUGGUCCAGUUCCUACACCUAAAUGUGUCUCGCAAUGUACCAAUUCAGGAUGGUCAAUUCCAUAUAAAAAUGAUAAAAAAUUUGGUAUUUAUUUAUAUCACUCGUAUUCUUAA